UGCUGAUUUGUUAGGCAUGUUGUCAUAAUUGUGGACAAUUUGUGUAAUGGCUAAACCAAAUAUUUCCAAGUACUGGUGUGUUGUCCCAGGUUGUACGUCAGACGGACGUAAAAAGCGGAACCUGGAAAAGUAUCCUGCUAUGGAAGGAGUCGAUUUUUUCCCGUUUCCAACCCGCUUAAAGAACAAUAAAAUUAGAAAGCGGUGGAUCUCUCAGAUUAAUAGAGAGAAUUUUGAACCAAAAAGACAUCACCGGGUGUGUUCUAAUCAUUUUGUUGAUGGAAGACCUACUGAGUGUAACCCAAUCCCAACAUUGUUUCCAAGAAAUAAUUUCAUGCGCCCUUUGAAGGAGAGACCACAGAAUGCUGUAGAAAAAAGAAACAUCACUUCUGCUCGACUUGAUCAACUUCAGGAUGAUAAUACAACUGAGACUGAACUUUUCAAUGCACCACCAGUUGCAGCAGAAGUUAUUGUAACUGCAGUUAUGGAAGGUGAAAACACAGUUUCUCAUGUUCGAUCCAGAAAAUUGCCAGGAAUAGCAGCAAAGUCCAGUGUUGUGAAUCAUGAUCAUUCAUACAUGUCUGAAGAAAAAAGCUGGGAAAGACCUGAACCUGUUGACAUGUCCACACAAACAGAUCUCACAGGAGAGGGCAUUGAACUCUUGCAGCGGCAAACCAGAGAGAUGAAAGCAAAACUAUCUGACAAAGAAGCAUUGUUGCGAGACUGUUUUUUAGAAAAUGUCAUCAAGUCCGAUGUUUCAGUGAAACAUUACACAGGGUUACCCAGUAAACCUAUUUUGGAUGGAUUGUUUUCAUCAAUAGAAGCAGAUAAAUGCAAACUCAAAUACUGGUCAGGAAAAAAAUCUGUCGGUGAUAUGAAGUAUGAAGAGGAAGGUAAAAAACCAGGACCCAAACGGAAGCUCAGUCCCUAUGAGGAAUUCAUUUUAACUCUUGUUAGACUAAGACUUGGAAUAGUAGGAUUUGUUCUUGCAGAUUUAUUUGGUGUUUCAAAGACCCGGGUAUCCCAAAUUUUUACUACCUGGAUAUCAUAUAUGCACGAUGUUUUCAGUCCACUUAUUAAAUGGCAGUCUAGAGAAAAAAAUAUCAAAUACAUGCCAAAAUCAUUUAAGAAAUCGUUCCCUAGGACUUGUGCUAUUAUAGACUGCACAGAAUUUUUUGUUCAGAGGCCAAAAACUCCUACUUGUCAGUCAGCAACCUACAGCUCUUACAAACAUCAUAACACUUUCAAGUGUUUAGUAAGCAUUACCCCUUCAGGUGCAUUUAACUAUAUUUCAGACUUGUGGUCUGGAAAUGUAUCAGAUAGGUAUAUUACCGAGAAUAGUUCCUUUUUAGAUAAUAUAGAGCCAUUCGAUGAAGUUAUGGCUGAUCGUGGCUUUAACAUUGGGGACCUUUUGACCUUGAGAAGAGCUACUCUAAACAUUCCUCCCUUUACUCACAAGUGUCCUUGGGGUAAAGGAAAACGUUUGAAUGCUAGCGAAGUAAGGAAAACUAGAAAAAUAGCAAAUUUAAGAAUUCAUGUAGAAAGGGCAAUACAAAGACUAAAGUGUUUCAAACUACUCUCAAAUAUUAUUCCAUUGAAAUUAAAACCUAUUUGUAAUCAAAUGCUAAAAGUUGCUGCAUUUUUCUGCAAUAUUGACAAACCUCUUGUGAAAAAUUAGAUGUAUCACCUGUGUAUAAAGUGCAUAAUUAUGAUGCUUAUAACUUAUUGUAAGUUUUUGUAUUUAGGUAUUUGCAUGUGCCUGGUCACUACUGGUUAUCAUGGUAUUGAUAAUUUAGUCACUACUGGUUAUCAUUGUAUUGAUAAUUUAGUCAAACAGCGAUGUUGUUUAUGUCUGAACUUGUAUUACAUUUUUAAAUUUACUUUAUCUAUAUUAAAAGCUGAAAUUAAAUAAUGCGCUGUCUGCAUGGUCAGUGUGACAACUUGUUUAGAGAGUGGCACAUUUUCUAUUUCUUUGGAAGAGAAGUUUAAAGUAUUGAUUUUUCUUGGAAAAUUUUAAGAGUAUUGUAUAUUCAUGAUAAAAAGCUAUUAAAUUGUCAUGCUGAUUGGUUUUAAUAUUUUUCAAUGAUUUGAAUUGUGAUAAAUUUGAGCAUUUUUGUAAAAGUGCACAAGUAUUAAAACAAAAUUAAAUGAUAAAACAAAAUACAAGUUA